AUGAAAUUAUGUAUGCAAACAAAUAUACAACAACUGAAACAAUCAUUAAUUCAAAUUCAAACAAUACCUCAACAAUUACCAUUUUUUCUCAUAUUAGUAGAACUUGCACAUUUACCACCAAUUCAUUCAUUAAUAGGCGUAAAAAAAAUUCGUAUUCUUCAUUUAUUUCAAGCAUUACCAUCAUCAACACGAGCUAAUAACAACCCAACAAAUACAAAUAUUAAUCAACAAAUAAUUAAGAAUAUUAAUGAUGAUAUUGAAUUAAUCUCCGAUGAUGAUGAUGAUGAUGAUGAAAUAACAGUUAAUCAAUGUAUUAAAAUUACUAUUAAUAAUGAUAUAUUAUAUGAAGAAAUUUCAAAUGAUGAUAAUGAAUUAAAUAAAGCAUUACCACUAAAUAAUAAUGAAUCAUUAUAUGAAGCAAUAUCAAAUGAUGAUAAUGAACCAAAUCCAACAUUACCACCAAAUGAUAAUAAUUUAUAUGUCAACAACCAUUCUAUGGUUGAUGAUGUCAGUGAUUAUGAACAACAGCAACAAUCUUUAACCAAGAAACGUCCAUUACAUAGUCGAACACGAUCAGCUGAAGCUCGAAAACGACGAAAUCGAAAAAGACAUCUUUAUUUCCGAAUGCAACGUUAUAGAUAUUUUAUCACUCGUCCAUUCCCCUACAGAUUUACAAUGAAAUUAGUUCGACAUAUUCUUGCUGAAUACAAUAUUUAUUAUACUCAUGUCAAACCAGUUGAUGAUUUAUUACUUAUUGGUGUAAAAGACAAAAUAAUUGAACAACAAAACGAACGAAGAUUACUUGGUGAUAUAUUUGAUCGACGUCAUUAUUACUUGUUUCGUCGUCAAGCUCAAUAUUUAUCAAGAAGAUCAAAUGAUAUACAAGAGUGA